AUGUCUGGAAAAAGUAUUGCGCAAAAAUAAUUAAAAUCUUUUUUUAAUUAGUUAAUAAUUGAGAAAGAAUGUCUGGAAGAGGAAUCGCAAUAUUCUGAACAUCCUGGAGGUUGGAUUGAAUGGUUUUGCGCUCAUGAAGAUCAUUAAUUUUUAUGUGAAGUAGAUGAUGAUUUUAUUCGUGAUCCAUUUAAUUAAAUUGGAAUAAAGGGAAAGUUUGCUUUCUAUAGUGAAGCCAUCAAUAUGAUUUUGCAAUCUACCUCACCCGAAGAUUAAGACUUAGAAGAUGAAAGAUUUUUAGAGGUUUAUUAAGAAGCAUCCGACAUUUAUGAUUCAUAUUUACUUCGAAAGGAUCGGCAAUAAUGCGGGAAAGAUCUUUUGUAGGGAAAAUUUGGUCAUUGUCCUCGGAUAUAUUGUGAGAAGCAGAAUGUCAUUCCAAUUGGUUUGUGUGAAGAUUUAAAAACAGCAAGAGUCAAGGUGUUUUGUCCACGUUGUGAAGAAGUUUACAUGCCAAAAAAAAAGUGUGCUGAUAUUGAUGGUGCAUAUUUUGGAAAGUCAUUCCCAUAAUUUUUGUUGAUGACAUAUCCUGAUUUACAUCCUAAAUAUCAAUUAUUACCAGACACUUAAAUAAAGUCUAAUUUUGAACCUACUCUAUUUGGAUUCAAAAUUGCUGGUAAAUAAGGAAGUAAAAUUAAAAGGUUUGAAUAAUAAUUGUAAUUCAACCAAAUUAUUACUCAACCUAUUGUUUAAUCAACUGAGCAAAAUAUUCUUUUAUAGGAACAUAAAUAAAUUAGAAUAUAAUAAUCAUAAUAAUAAACAUAGUAAGAGUAAUAAUAAUAGUAAUAAUAAUAAUCAUCAUAAGAAUAGAAUUCAGAACAUAAUCAUAAAAAAAAAAAUAAGAAAAAGCAUAAAAAUUGAUAUUCAAUAGAUUUGGUAUUAUAUAUGUAAAUGUUAAUAUAUUU